GUUUAAAGGGCAUGUGAGAUGAGCUACGAUUGUAAAUUACCGUCUGCGCGAUGGGCAAAGAUGCCACAAACUGAUAAGAGCGUGAUAUGAUACCGAGAUGAAUUCAAGCGAUUUAGUUUGCGGAAUUAUAUCCCAAGGAAAAGUAGAAGAGUUUUAAUAGGCUAUCUAAGACUAGUUUUUUUUUUAAACACCUUAGCGGGUUUGUAGUAGUAUUUAAGAAAAGUGAUGAGAUAUUGACUAAUACCUGCCACUAAUGUUGGUGAACUGUUUUUAAGGAUCUGAGGGAGAAACUUUGGCGCCGAUUCCCCGGCCCUCAGCUAAAGCCCUCACCUAGUCCGGCGGACCACAGCAGAUCGAGAGCGCCCAGUGCGAAAAAUCUGGAUGUCUAACCCUUUCAAACUAGUAGUUUUUUUAAAAACACUAGCGACAACCAUCUACGUUCACGUUUUGACCUGCGAAGGAACGCAUGAAGCUCGUUCAGUUGAGUGAACGAGAAAUGAAUUCAUUAAGGAAAAGCGUCUCAGGGAAUUUGUCUCUUCCAUACACCACACUGAUACCAAGGUCUGAGAAAGAAGUGAAUUUCAGCUGUCUCUUCAAUGAGGAGUUCAAGUACAUUCUUCUACCUGUAUCGUACUCCUUAGUGUGUUUCCUUGGACUGAUACUUAACUCUGUGGCUCUGUGGAUGUUUAUCGCUAAGAUGAGGCCCUGGAAAUCCAGUACGAUUUAUAUGUUCCAUCUGGCCCUGUCGGAUACGCUCUACGUGCUCUCCUUGCCUAUGCUCAUAUACUACUAUGCAAACCGCAGCCACUGGCCUUUUGGAGUUUUUCUCUGUAAGAUUGUGCGGUUUCUUUUCUAUGCUAACUUGUACUGCAGCAUCCUUUUUCUCACUUGCAUCAGCGUGCACCGCUACCUCGGUAUCUGUCACCCCAUUCGGGCUCUGACUUUGGUCAAGCCACGCCAUGCCCACAUGGUGUGUGGUUUUGUCUGGACAGCUGUUAUAGCCUGCCUGGUGCCCAAGCUGAUUUUUGUCAACACUUCUCAAAGAGGAAAUGACACUUUGUGUCACGAUACCAGCCGCCCGGAGGAAUUUCACAAUUAUGUUACCUACAACUCAGUGGUGAUGGUUCUGCUGUUCAUCCUGCCGUUUCUGGUCAUCAUGGUCUGCUACUGUUUAAUGGCGCGGGCCCUUUGCCGCCCCCGAAAGGGCCUGUCCCAAAGUCAACCGAGUUCAUCCCGGAAGAAGUCUAUUAAACUUAUCAUAGUGGUGCUGGUUGUGUUUGCAAUCUGCUUUGUACCCUUCCACAUCACCCGUUCGCUCUACUACGCCUACCGCAUUCUAGACGCAGAUUGCAGAUUGCUUAAUAUCGUCAACUUUGCUUAUAAAAUCACUCGCCCACUUGCUAGCAUGAACAGCUGUUUGGACCCCAUCCUCUACUUUAUGGCAGGGGAUCACUACCGCUCUAAACUCCUCAGAGCGUUCACUAGACAAACUCCGAACACUCGUUCUACUGCGUGUGUGCACGUUAACAACAUCGGGCUGGCCUUUAAGAACCCAGAUGCCCAAGCUGGCACUGAGUCGAGACUCUAGAUUCACAUACCCAGACAUUUUGGGUAAUCUUAAAAAGCACAUCUGGAAGACAUCCCAAGCAAUCUCGGUCAACAGUCAUCAUUUUGCAGAUACGCAUCCAGAAGAAUUCAGGACAGUUUUAUAAACACGUAAAGAAGAUCUGUUUGGAUGUGGUUUGCACCCCUGAUUUUUAUUUUUUUUUUCAUUCAGUGUGAUUAUUGAGGAACUGCAGCUUGUUUUAGAAAAAGCUCUGAUGGCCAAUCACUCCUGGUUACUUGUCAUGUUGAAGUUUCUCACUGUUGGUCAAGGACACAGCUUGGCGGCGUUGGGGUUCUGUCAACACUGAAAACAAAACCUACUCUAUAUGCCAGAGAUGGACUCUGGCCUAUGACUGUUACUACAGAAAUGCCAGUACAAAGCCUUUUGUGUCUCGUGUCAUGUGUGAAGGUCCUAUGGUAGGAAAAGUAGGUGUGAAACGUUCUGCCAAAAAGUAGGACUUGAGUUUUCAUAGAAUUUUGCCAAUGAAAGAAAUCAAUCUUGUGUUGAUUAUUAAAGAAUACCCAAUUUAUUCUACUCUUUAUGUUGAUCUUGAAAGCAUUGCAAGGAUAAGAUAAAAUGGCAUUUAUUUAAAUCAAACAGAGCAUUUGGAAACUUUUCACUUUGAGUGAAAAGGUGAAUGGUUGUAGGGGAAGCUGAAAUUCGAGCUGCGGUUGUGCAGUUAUCCCCGCUUGGCUUGCUUCAUUCCUCUUGCAGAUGUUUUUCUCUUUUGGCGGAACCGAUCUACAGCUGUGUUGCUGUACAUGUGUGUUUGUGUGUAUUUGUGAGUAUUCGCAUAGCAUGGCUGAAUGAAGGAGAAAAAAAGAUCGAAGAAAUCAGAUCCGAUUUGGCGUACCGAGGAGAGAGAUUUUUUUUUUGUCCCCCGGAUGCAACCUCUUUGAGAAUGUUUAGGAGUUUAUAUAUUUUAUUAUUUCGUGUUUAGUUUCUUUUAAAAUAAUGUUAUAUGUUAUGACGGUUCUCUGGUCAUGGUAUUUUAAUUUGUAUUUACAUUAUGUGUUUUGUAUUUGCUUUUGCAUAUAUAUGGCCCUCUCCGAUACAAACAAAAUCCCAACUAAAAUAAAUCAGAAGAAGAAGAGACCAUACUUGUUUACAAAAUACUUAAGUAGAAUGAAGGGGUCUAUUUUAUUUACAGCAUGCUAGAAAAUGUAUUAUAAAGCUAAUAAUUUAUGUCUGCUAUGUGCUUUUUUUUAUACUGCCAAGAAUUUGAUCAUUUACAUCUUAUUUUUUUAAUUUUGUGUGCAUUGAAAUGCAUUUGUGUUUAAGUAUUUAUAUCGAACCAUAUAUACUGUACAGUAUGAGAUUGUGGGAGCCAGGUGGAAAUCUCUUCAUUUUUUUCCCUAUUGGUCAGUAGAGGUCCCCAGAGCUGUUUUCAAAUGUUUCUAAUAAGGAAUGAGUGCAUGGACUUAAUACUCACGUCUUCUUGAGUUCUCUGUCCAGUGCCUUUGACUGUGAUGAAUAGACCUGUUGGCUGCUGCUUUUGUUAUGGUGUUGCUCAGGUCACGAAUAGUUUAAUAUUCACGUGAGAUUUAAAGCACUAAAAUCACUCUUAAUAUUUGGAAACAAAUGGAAUCAAGGUCCAUACACCAUACGUGCAUAUAAAGAAAAAGAUGACUACAAUUUGCUCUGUUAGGGAUUUCUGUUCGAAAUGGGAAAACAACCUCUGUGAGUACUACAAUUAAAAGCAAACAAACCAGUUUUUAAGUGCUGCCAAUUGCACGUUUUGUUUUUGAAGUGGUAAGCCUGCUUUUAUUGUAAUACUUCUACAGGUAAAUAUUACACACUUAUAUGUUGUUGUCAGAGAGGGUGGGUGAUGUUCUAAGUCGGACAUUUAUUUCUCUUUAAUAGUCCUCAUUUUCCCUCCCCCUCUGUCUCUCAUGUCCUGAACUGUUUUCAUCCUCUCAUUCUUGUGCAUUGCCCAAGGACAAGGGUUGGGAGAAAUCAAUGUUGUGAGCACCGCAGUAUAAUACUCAUAAAAGACACUGAGCAAUAAAAAUAUUUUUACUGCUGGA